GAAUAUCUCUACGAUGAUGGUGGCCGCUGAUAUUCAAACAUGUAAGAACACAUAGCGACAGACUAAACAGUGAAUUUAUACAGAAUUAGGUAACUAGAAUGCUUUGAAGAAGACAAAAUUUCAGAAAAUGAGUCGCAAUAAUAAAAGACAGUCUAAAGAUUUUGAUCGGCAGUUUGAAGCGUUUUUGAAAGAGUCCAUAUCAUCAGAGGAUUCUAUAAAUUCUGCUAAUAUAAACAAGUACCUCGAGCCACCAAAAAAAGAAAACAAACCUUGGUGGGAUGUUGAUGAUGACGACGAUGAUGACCAACCAGGUCUGGGAGCUAGUCGUAGCUUCUUGAAGAAGAAGACUUCAGAAAAUGGAGGUAAAGAAAGCAAGAAACCUGAUGCCAAAGCUACCCCUAAGGCAAAAGCUAGGAAAGAUGUUAAAGCUCGUGGAAAACCUGAGGUUUCUAUAAGUAAAGACAGUUUAGAUGAUAUUUCAGAAAGAUCUGAAGAAGACCAUGGACAUGUUUAUAGACCAAGAGUUCAUAUACCAGAGGACAGCAUGGACAGUAUCAAUACAGAAGAUUUGCUCAAUGAACGUGACUCAGGAAACAAACUUGGUAUGGACACACUUGAUGAAAUGGCAGAUAAAGAAAAGUUCUUCAGGGAUCUUGAGAAGAAUGCUGAUGGUACAAUAGACUAUGGAAGGUUAAAUCGUGACCUCAGUGCUACAGCUAACACAAUGUCACCAGAGGGCGCUGCUAGGACGGCAGCGACAUUGGCCGCACUUCAGGACAUGGAGGACGAAGAGGAAGACGUGCCGCCACGUCCCGAGACCGGCGGUGAAAUACAAUCAGAACGGGAACAUUCUGAGCAAAAACCAAGCAUGUUGUCUAAAGUUUCCCUAAUGGAUUCCUUGGAAUCUACCAUGAACACAACAACUUCCCCUCAGGUGGGGAAAGGUACAAUGAGAGAUGUGUUAGAGGAGGAUGAAGAUCAACAUGUAGACAACUUCAGACCAAGUCAUAGUGGACCUGAGACUCUCAAAACUGUUACAGGUAUGAUAGGUACAAACACGAGUCAGGAGAUCGAGGCACUCCACAAUGCACUAGAGAAACUUGGACUCUCCGCUACCAUAGGUAACGACAGCAUGCUGGAUCUGUCCUCGCAGGGAGACAAAGGGACCGAGGAUCUUGUCAAGAAGCUACUGAGUACAACUGACGGUAAACAAAGAAAUGUGGCUGAGAUAAUGAAAGAGUUAGAAGAUUUACAGAUUAAAGCUGGCCGUGACGACCAAUCCUCGCCAGAUUCAAGAAAGAGUCCAAAAGUUAUAGAAAGACAGAAGCAUGUAGACAUAGAUGCAGAGGAACUUAGGGGUUUCAACCUCUCACCUGCUCGACCCUUCCCAGUUGAGCAGGACUACUCACAGCGUGGUGAUAGUUCCCAUCGUGGUGAUAGCUCACAUAGAGGAGGUGAUAGCUCAAUGAAGGGAGGGUUUGAUACCUCCCAUACUGAAGAUACUGAGAUGUACAGGCCCGUGAUAGAAGUGUCUGAAGACUCUUAUAUGGAAGCAAGGCGGUCUGUGAAUGAGAGAGGAAGAGGAACAAAGAAGGAGCAUAAGAAAAAGUCAGGAAAGAAAAAGGCAGACAAAGAAAAACCACAGAAAGGACUGAAGACCACAGAUUCAUCUCUCAGAAGGUCAAGGUCAAGAUCUUCAUCUCCCAUGAAAAUAGACUUUUCUGAGACAUUAAAAUGGAAGCACAAGUCUAUCAAGGGAUCAGGGUACGGACAGAUGUACUCGCCACCUAAACCUCCGCGAGAUAGGACUCAUGACCGAGAGCGAGAUUUUCUAGGUUACACGCGGUCAAAGCGUGUUACGAAUGACUCACCAUCCAGGUCCACUGACAGAACUACCAAGGUAAUGAGUCCCAAGAAAAGAGAAGUGAAAUCUGCUAAAGGAGAUGUAUGGAGUCCUGCUGAUGUCACCAGGCAGAAAACUAUAGGAAGUCAGUCAGCAAAGAGAGCCAAGCUUGGUACUGUGGGAUCUUCACAUUUAGAUGCUUCUGUAGAAUCCUUUGCCAAGUACAUCAAGGAACAUUUUAUACCUGAGGUAAAACCAUCCAUGGAAGAGCCAUCAGUAUCUGCAAGCUUUAAGGAAAAAGCCGAAGAUGGUACUGAUGAGGAAAAGGACAAGGUGAUUGAAAAACUGAAAGGUGAACUGGAGUCAAUGGAGAGAAGCUACGAGAGACAGUUAGAAUCUCAGAAGUUACAGUAUGAACAACAAAUAUCUGAGCUGAAGCAGGAAAACUUUGUUCUUAAUGCCAAGGUAAGUGGAGAUGCAGAUAAGGAUAUGAAGAUGAAGGUACUGGCAGGACAGUCACUAGAAGGUAUGGGUAAGGAGCAACUAGAAACUCUACAACGUGACCUGAGAGAACAAGAAACCCUGAUAUCUGGCUACCAACAGGAGAAUAAGAGACUAUAUGAUGAGAUGAAGAACUUGAAGAAACAAAGUAAACAAGUUGAGGAGAGAAUGUUUCAGGAGAACCAGAAAUUACUCGCUGAAGCUGCUAAUCUCAGAAUAGUAAAACAAGAUAAGAACAAUAUGUCAAAGUCCAAGACCGAUAACUCUGCUUUGGAUUUUGCAUGGACCCAGUUAGAACAGAAGGAAGAGCAGUAUAAGAAUAAGGGGCUGAUAACAGGGCCAGAAGCCCAGAAGAAGAUUGCUGCAGGGGACAAUCAGGGGGCUAUUGCUCAACUAGAGUCCGAGCUCACACAAGCCAAGCGGACGUGUGAUGCAUUAAACCGUGAGAUAUCGGUACUGCAACAAUCUCGAGUGGAGCUAGAGAAACAUGUGGAGAAGUUGGUACUGGAAAGAGAGCACCUGAACAGGGAGCUGGAACAGUCAAAAACUAUGAAGUCAGAGGAGGCAAGGGAAUUAGAGAAGGAAUACCAAAAAGACAUAGAUAAACUGAAGAACAAAUUAAAAUGGUAUGCCGAGAACCAGGAACUACUGGACAAGGGAACCAGGAAGCUCAAGACCAGGGAAGAUGAAAUACACAAACUCAAGAUGAGGAUUGAAGAACUUCAAACUGAGUCUGGCAAGCGUGUUGAGGACAGUAAAGUUAGAGCCAGGGAGCGUGCUGGUGACCAGAAGAAAAUACAAGAUCUGCAAAGACAGGUCAAAGAGAUGGAGGCGAUAUUGAAGAGACGUAAUCCAAAUUCACUGCAGUCAUUGAUGAUAGCUGCCGCGGCCGCACCUGAUAAUGCUGCCAACAACAACAGAACUGCCUACACGGAGGUACUAGAGAGUCGAGUGAAGAAACUGGAAAAAGAACUCGAGGAAAAAGAUGGUGAGACCAAUAAACUGAUGCGUGGGGUUGAACAGAAAUACCAUUCUAUUAAAUUACAAUUUGAAGAAAGGAUCAAGGAGUUGGAACUUCAAUUAUCCAUAUACCAGGGCCAAGCUGAUCAUGUCCAUCCUCACACACAUUCUUUGGCCCUGGAACGAGAAUUGGAGAGUGUUAGAGAAAGAUAUAAAGUACAAGUGAAGGAAUUACAAGCCGAGGCAGACAGGCUAACUGCUGAACUUGCCAAAUCAAAGAAAUCAUUAGAAGUGUCAGGAAAGGCAGAAGCUGAGAAUGCAAAGGAAGUUGAGACAGAGUUACGUACCUUGGUGAGAUCUCUGCAACAGGAGGUAGAAAACAAAAACCAUGAUCUUCAGGUCAUGCAGAAAUCUUUAGAACGACUACGCAAAGAAAAGCACAUGUCUUACACUAAUGAUUUAGGUAAAAAGGGUAAACAGAAGGUCAAGGGAAGUAGAUCUGACCUUACUGACACAGAUGAGUUGUCUUCCUUGCCAAAAGAGAGAGAAUAUGAACCCAAAGUGUUCGAAGAUGCUCAUAUUUCAGAUGUGCUCAAAGAAAACGAGGAUCUUAAAAUGAAGGUUGACAAGCUACACUUACAACUAGACCAGCACAGGGUAGAUAUACGUAAAGUUCUUGCCGAGAAUGAGGGUGUCAUGCGCGAGACAAGAGAAAACUACGAGGAGAAAAUAGAACAGCUACGACGCUCCCACCAACAGGAAGUGAAACGAUUAAUGGCGCAGCAAGCCCUCGAACAUUCAACGUCUCGCAUGGCAGAAUUACAGAGUAAAGUGGACACUCAGGAGGUGAUGAUAAAACAUCUACGGGAGCAGCAGGCACGGCUAGAAGUGGAGGCCGAGGCUGCAUCUGUUCUAAGGAUUAAACAAACACGACUGGAGGAAUCUAUAAAAUCUUUAUAUAAAGAACUCAAAGAGGCUAAAAAAUCUCAUUCUCCUGAAAUGCGACAUUUUGAAGAACUACAAGAGAAGAUAAUUCAGAUAGAAGCGAAGCAUUCUCAAAGAGAACAAGAACUUCAACAGAUUAUUAAAAACUCUAAACUUAGUGCUGACGUUGAGAUAGAAAAAGAAGUAGAAAAGUGGCGUAAACUUGUGGAAACGAAAAAUAACGAGAUUCAGAAAUUCCGAAUGGAACUAGACUCUAUCUUAGAAGUGUUGCGGGUAUUACAAAAACAGGGCGUUAUAAUUCCAUUAUCAUCAUCUGCUGUAUCAUAGCAUUUACUAGAAGGACUUGGUGUAACGAGAUCGUAUGCUCAUUUGAAAAAGGAGAAACAACAGUUGUAUAGGUUGACUUAUAUUUAUGUAUGAAUUAUGAAGACUGUGAUAUUAAGUUAUUGAUAUGUUAUGUAAUGUCCCAGGUUAGAGAAUGUCUGAAAGGGAACCAGUCGUUAGAAUAGGAACCAGUCUAAAAUUUUCAUGAUUGUAUAGGUCAAGGGGGGAAAAAGACAUGAAAUUUGAAAUUGACAAAUUGUAGGUCAAAAUUGAGACUGGUUAACUAGUUGAAAAAUGAAAGUAGCUAAAAUUUUGAUUCAUGAAAAAGACUUUGUUUCGUUAGAUUUGACAGCGAGCUAGAAGUAGUACUUCUUAGAUUACAGAGGAAUGAUAUAGAUAUAUAUAUAUAUAUAUACUGACUGAAAAAUAUGUAAACUUACUGAAAUAGGUAGUGUAAUACUAUGUACUGUAGGCGAUAUAGUUUGCAUUUGUAGAUUAUAAGAUAGGAAAAGUUUACUCUAAAGAAGAGCUAAGUGUAAAGGUAAAGUGAUCUUGUUAAGAUUUAUUGUCAACCUUUGACUCAAGUGCUUUAUUGAAAUUCUUAUUAAGUUAUUUAGUACAGGCAAGAACAUUAUACUUAUACUUGAUUUAUAACACAGACUGCUGGGCCGGCAAAAUCUUAUUUUUACCAACUUGUCCCUUUUUAUUUGGACCAUUUCUUGACCUGUCAUUAUGAUAU